CUUUUACUCCAUGUUUCCUGUCCCUGUCUCUCUGUUAUGUUAAGUAGCAGGCCUGCUCUCUGUCUGUCGCUCUCCUCCUUGGGUUUUAAUUCCAAACAUGGUUAUCCUUUUAGGGCCCUAUCAGUGUCCCCUCCCUUAUCCCUUCUUCUCCAGCUGUUGGCUCUUCAGUGUUGGCUGGUGGCUGAGAGGAACAGGCAGGAGAGCAAAGACAAGGCGAGGAGCCAGAGGACAGAGGAAGGGACUGAGGAUGAGAGGAGGAGGAGAAGAAGGGCAGACCCAUUCCAGCUGUGUUUCUGGAGCAAACGGAGGCGUGAGAACUUCUUCACAUUGAAGAAUUUUCCACUAGACUGCGAGGGAACAAACAUUUUUACUGUUUAUUUUUAUCCAGCUGUAAGCAAAACACUUCAGCUUGUAGCUUUUGACAGGAGAGGAGUUACUCUAGAUAUUUGAAAUCCUGUUCCUUCAUUUUUUCUGUGCAUCAAGAGCUGUGUGAGAUUUCACAAACCGAAAACAUGAGCGCAGAAAACUCCACCCUGUGGGAAAGCUUGUUUUCUCCACCUGUGUGCGAUGGCUGGAGCAACAACACAGAGGGGGCCAUCUACCAUCUGGGAAACACCUUCAUGUUCCUGGGCUACAUGGGAGGCAGCGGGGCCUUCGGCGCCCUCUUCAUCUUCGGCUUUCUGUCCCCCGCUUUCCUGUGCCUCACCCUGUGGGGCUGGUUGACCGUGUGCGGCAUGGACGUCUUCUCCUGGAACCUCCUGCUGCUGGUGGUCUCCCUGCUGCAGAUCUGCCACCUCCUCUACCGGCUUCAGCAGGAGGGCAUCCGCAGUGAGGAGCUGACCUCCCUCUACCGGGCCGUCUACCUGCCGCUGGGUGUGCCUGUCCAGGUGUUCAAGGACAUCGCCAAGGCUUUUGAAAACAAGGCUGUGGAGCUAAAGGCUGGAGAGAUGUAUGCUGUGGAGGGGAAGACGUACAUCGACCAGCUUUCCUUUCUGCUGUCUGGGAGGAUCAAUGUCUCUUUGGAGGGUCAGUUCCUGCAUUACAUUCACCGCCAUCAGUUCCUCGACUCUCCUGAGUGGGAGUCUCUCAGACCAAACGAAGAGGGGAAGUUCCAGGUGACACUGACGGCAGAAGAAGACUCUCGCUAUGUCUCAUGGAGUCGCCGCCGUCUCUAUAUGCUGAUAUCCAAGGACCGCUACAUUGCCCGUCUCUUCUCCGUAAUGCUUGGCUAUGACAUUUCCGAAAAACUUUACAACCUCAACAACAAGCUCUACAUUAAGAGUGGUGUGUUGUUGGACAUCCGCCUUCCAAGCCUCUACCAUGUCCUGGCACCCUCCUCUCAGGGCAGUGAAGGUGGCAGCGGUAGUGAUGGUGGCGGCGCCAAAGAACAACAGCGUCCAGAACCAGCCUACCAGGUGUCCAAUCCCGGACCAUCUCAAACCCUCAAACAUGAUCCACAGGGACCAAGGACAACUGGCAGCAAUGUGCCCCCCGAGCAUGGCCCCUAUCAGCGCCCUUGGGCACCAGACGCGGAGAUGCCAUCUGGUGAGGAUUCUACUAGCCUGGUCCUGGAGGACUUUGCUGAUGUGGCGGGCUCCUUAAUGGACUAUGGCAGUGAGAGAGAUUAUUUAAGGUAGAGAGGCAGGGUGCUGGAGCUAACACACUGGGUCACCACUUAAGCUACAUGAGACGACUGUGAUCAGAAUGUACCACCUCGAUUCCAGAGACGCAGAGCUCCUCUGGCUCCCACCGACACUCCAAAGCUGUGAAGGCAGCUUCUUCUGGACACACCACGGUAUCUUCAGUACAGCAGAGGGAACCAGACUGCUGCUCACACUGUCUCCUCUCUGCUCUUCGGCCCCAAACUUAUGGAACAUGUUGUCUGUGUUGUUAAACUUUGCUGAAUGAUACUGCAAGCACUGUUACCUAAAUAGCAAAUUCACCUUUUACCAAAAUGUACACCUAUUGAUGCACUACCCCUUUUUUCCAAAUAUGAUAUGCCACUAAACUUUAUUGGUACUGGAUAAUUAGUUUAAAGGUUUUUUGGGUGGCUUUAGAUAUAGUUAAAACCAGAUAUUUAUACACAUUUUAUAGAAAGUUGUUCUUCCCUCACUGUUAAUAAGUCAGACUGAUCUUUGCUUUUUACAUCAGUUACAAUCAUUAGAUCAUUUCAGUUUGGUUAGUCCAGAGACAUUUCUGAUUUCUUUCUUCAGUAAGAAGUUACAUCUUAAAAUCAUUAGUUGUAACUUUAGAUAUUUCAGAAAUAUUUAUUUUUUAUGUAAAUACAGUAAAAAUGCUCUAAGUUAUUUAGCUUAAAUACAUGUAAAUAUAUUAUUCUCACAUGGAUGUAACCAUGUUUAUGUCGCAAUGCAUUCUGGGUAAAUGAAGUGUGCUGUAGGUGUCACUACUAGGUGUCUUUUGUUAAAAAGACCUAAAUGACGUUUUCCCUUUCCCAAAAUAAUAAACGUACUAAAAUAUAAUGUGUUAAAGGUUAAUAAUGUAUUUCCUGAGAAAAUAAAUGCCUUAAAAUCCUU